AUGCCAUCAAAUUUAUUAGCUUCAGCAUCAGCUGAUGUCAAAGUAUGGGAUUUACAGACAGGCAUAGAAAGCACAAAACUCAAAGGAAAAGCCACUACAAGUAGUGUUCCAGAACAGCUAUUUGGUGUCGAAGUAGCUUCUUUUACAGUUGCCGAUUUGUCGACAGCUGUCAAUGCGGUUCGAUGGAGUCAAUACUUGGCCGUGGCAGGAAAUGAAGGAAAUCUUACGAUACAUGAUUCACAGGGAAAACUUCUCGAGACUAUACCAUUGAAUGAUGAAGGAUCGGAUAUACCAGAUAUAAAUGCUGUUCGGUUUGCAAACAAAUCACGAUACGUGAUGUAUGGAGGGUCCGAUAAGAUUGUCAACAUUUGGGAUCGAAAAGAAUCAACGUUUACCGAAUCACUUAAGGUAAUGGGACAUCGCAGCACUAUCACAUGCAUCGAUUUAAAUGUUGAUGAAACCAUUGUGGCUAGUUCCAGUAUAAGUGGACAAAUCCUUGUGCAUAAUCGGCAAAAAUCUAAUGCAUGGGAUAAUUUAACUGUUUUAACAAAACAGUCUAUAAAUGCUCUGGAAUAUUCUUUUUUCAAACGAGGGCUAUUGGCUGCUGGGGGAGAGGAUGGAUCAUUACGAUUAUGGGAUACCUGUGUUUCUUCAACGGCUUUACAGACAUUUGAAAAUACACCUCUGACGGCAUUGGGAUUUAAGGCUGAUGGAGUAACUGUAGCUGCAGGCACACUUCAGGAUCGUUCUACGGAUCGACGUAAUACUAUUGUCAAGAAACAGAGUCAUUUUAGAACAUCGUCAAGGGGGUCAACUCCUCCGACCUCGAGUAAGAUUUCAAGGCCUUCACCACCACCACAAACUCCAAAUGAUACGAAGGAAAAAAAUUAUAUGGAUAUGUUUUCGCCAGUGAGAGAGGAAAGUAAGAUUUCAAGGCCUUCACCGCCACCACAAACUCCAAAUGACAUAAAGGAAAAAAAUUGUAUUGAUAUAUUUUCGACAGUGAGAGAGGAAAGUAAGAUUUCAAGGCUACCACAAACUCCAAAUGAUAAAAAGGAAAAAAAUUGUACGGAUGUGUUUUCGCAAGUGAGAGAGGAAAGUAAGAUUUCAAGGCUACCACAAACUCCAAAUGAUACUAAGGAAAAAAAUUUUAUGGAUAUGUUUUCGCCAGUAAGGGAGGAAAGUAAGAUUUCAAGGCCUUCACCACCACCACAAACUUCAAAUGAUAUUAAAGAAAAAAAUAGUAUGGAUAUAUUUUCCCCAGUGGGAGAGGAAAUGGUUGAGUCCCCAAAUUACUUGACAAAUCAUUCGUUUUUGCCAGUGAGAGAGGAAAUGGUUGAUAACUUUACAAAUCAUACAUUUUCAUCAGUGAGAGAAGAAAUGGUUGAGUCUCAAAACAACCAUACGUUUUUGUCAGUGAGAGAUGAAAUGGUUGAGUCUCAAAAUAACCAUACGUUUUCGUCAGUGGGAGAGGAGAUGGUUGAGUCUCAAAAUAAUGAAAUGACUACAGACUUUCAAUUACAAGUAAUUAGGAAUGCAGUUGACGAAUGUUUGCAAGAGUUUCGAACAUCUUUACGUAAUGACAUACAAAAUAUGCAUUUAGAAUUAUUACGACAGUUUCAUAUUCAAAAGAAGAAAAUCAAAGGCUAA